AUGGCGUCCCUCGCGCGAAGAGCGGCGCGGCUCUCCUUCUUAUCGCCGAGGCCGCCGUCCGGGGGAGCCGGCCGCGCGCGCGGAGUCCGGGCGCUGAGGAGGAGCCCCGUCCGCGUGCUCCCUCCCGGCGCGCAGGCGCAGAAGGCCGCGCCUCAGGCCCGGCAGCAGGCCGCGCCCCGCAAGAAGCCCCCUAGCCGCGAGCGGGAAGCGCCGGCCGAGGAGCCGCGGAAGGAGGCGGAGCUGCGCUACGAGCGGGCCGCCCCCGGCGACAAAAGGCUGAGCAAAGUGGUGACCAUUGCCAAGUCCAGGACAUUCCGGGAGAAACAUGGGAAGAUCUUGCUGGAAGGCCGACGCCUCAUCAAUGAUGCGUUGGCAGCCGGGGCCGCCCCCCAGACGCUCUUCUUCACCACCUUGGACCACCUGCGGGAGCUGCCGGCGGCCAAGCUGAAAGGCGCCACCCUCAUCAAGGUCCGGUUCGAAGACCUCAAGACCUGGUCUGACGUCAUCACCCCCCAGGGGGUGAUUGGCAUCUUUUCCAGACCGGAUCAUGCCAAGAUGACUUACCCAGAGGUUCAGCAGAAACACAGGCUGCCCCUGUCUCUGAUUUGCGAUAACAUCCGUGACCCGGGAAACCUAGGAACCAUCCUGAGAUCGGCAGCUGGUGCAGGCUGCGAGAGAGUCCUGCUCGUCAAAGGCUGCGUCGAUGCAUGGGAACCCAAAGUGCUUCGGGCAGGGAUGGGAGCUCACUUCCGCCUCCCUAUCAUCCCCAAUCUGGACUGGGAGGUGGUCCCAAACUACCUUCUCCCCGACACUUGUGUGCACACAGCCGACAGCACCGUGGAGCCCAGCCCUCGGGCUCAGGAGGAGCCUGCAGUGCCGGCGAAGACUGGCUGGCCCUACGAGCUCAAGGCACGGCCAGCUCAGGCCGAUCCGAGUUCUGAUGCGGAUAGUGAGGAGGAGGGAGAAGGGCCAGACCCGUUGGGAGUCCAGCAUUACUACGAGCCCUGGAUGGAGGUCCCCGUGGCUCUGGUGAUCGGGGGGGAGACCCUCGGCGUGAGCGCGGAAGCCAAGCGGCUGGCAGGCAGCCGGGACGGGCGGCGGCUGCUCAUUCCCGUGGUGCCCGGCGUGGAGAGUCUGAACGCUGCCAUGGCUGCCAGCAUCCUGCUUUUUGAAGGCAAAAGACAGCUGCAGCAAGGAGAGGAAACCACAAGCUAUGAGGCGCUGGAGGGCCAGCAUCGGCCGCAGCCGUUGAGGACUGGACACCUGCCAGGCAGAGCAGCUUAG